UUGUAGCACAUGCUACGCCACCUGAUGUGUAAGCAUACCAGGCGAUAAGCAAACGAAUGUGUAGGCCAAAAGUAAAACUUAAAGUUUAAGUUGUCGAGAUAGUUUUGUUUUAGUAACAACACAUUAGUUGAAUUGUUCUAAUAAUAUAUCUAGAUUAUCUAUAUGUAGAUCUACAAUGGAGGAACUGGUUUCUAAAUGUGAAUAUUGUGGAUUGGCUUCUUGUUUAUUUACAGCGGUGGCGGUGUUAUGGAUUUAGCUGUGCCUGAAUCUGUUUGCAUGCUGCACAAGACACACAUCAACGUACCUGAUGGCAUCGAACUACUCCCACUCACCUGUAUGGAGCACCACAUCCUCAAUGCAGCCCCAGCCCAGGGGGGAGCAGAUCCUGCACCCUGGGCAGCUGGGCCAGAUGACGGGCAACACGUGCCCACAGGCCGGACACUCGGACACCAGGAUCUGGGAGGCGUACCUUCGCGACCAGACCACAGCGGCCUGUAGUCGGCCCAUGCCUCUAUCGGUGUACAUGAUGCGUGCACCCAUCACCAGCGUGUCGUCAGACGGCAGCAUGCACUUUACCAUCUCCAAAUAUGCUGAUGAAGCACUUUCCGCUAUCAACCAGUUUAGACUCGAAGGCUCCCUCUGUGAUAUUGCGCUUCGAAUCCAAGGGGAAGAAAUCCACGCGCAUAAAGUCAUCCUCGCUGCCUGCAGUGACUAUUUCAGGGGGAUGUUCACACGAGGGAUGAAAGAAUCAAACGCCAGCUCUGUAGAAAUUCUCGAACCCAGUCUAACAGCCGAGAUUCUGCGAGAGCUGGUCAACUUCGCGUACACGUACGAAAUUCACGUGACGCAGGACAAUGUCCAGUCUCUGCUGGUCUCUGCGAUAUUUCUCGAGAUGAAGCAUGUGGUAGACGCCUGCACGCUGUUCAUGGAACAGCAACUGGACCCCAGUAACUGUAUAGGUUUCGCCUACUUCGCCGCGGCGCACGGCUGUUGUGAUUUGGAGAACAAGGCCAAGAAAUACAUUCGUGAACAUUUCUGUGAGGUCAUCAAGUACGACGAGUUUCUCACGCUAGAUGUCAACGAUGUCAUCUGUAUCAUUCAGAAAGAUGAACUCAAUGUCAAGUGUGAAACGGAGGUCUUCCAGGCAGUGGUCAGAUGGGUGGAGCACGACUCAGAGAAAAGAAUCGGCCAGCUGGAAGAUCUGCUGGAGAAGGUCCGUCUCACGAACCUGGCGCCGUGUUUCCUCGAGGACCAGCUGGAGAAGUGUUACAUCAUCAACCAGCUGCCCAGGUGCGUCAAGCUUCUCCUGGACAAGCUGCGGAGCCUCAAGCAGCACCGGACCUGCUCGGAUAAGCCCAGAAAGCCUUGCAAGCCUCUAGUCAUAUACGUCGUGGGCGGGUUCUAUCGUAAGGUCAUGGACUCACUCAAGUGCUUGGAGUGUUACAACCCCUGCAGUAAAGAAUGGACUCGCCUGAAUGACCUGCCGAACCCUAGAUGUGGCCCGGGGGUCACGUCGCUGCUGGGGUCAGUGUACGUGAUAGGUGGGAGCUUCAAGUUCCGGGGUGAGAACAGGGACCUGGCUUCUCUGGACAUGUACAACCCAGAGGAGAAUAUGUGGAUCUCUAAAAGUCCCAUGCGUGUAGCCAGGAACAGAGUGGGUGUGGCGGUUCUUGACAACAAGAUUUACGCCAUAGGAGGGUCUUCAGGGGGAGAGCAGCAUAAAUCUGCUGAGAGGUAUGACCCAGUCCUGGACAAGUGGGAACCAAUCAAAGAUAUGAACUCAGUCAGAAUGUCAGCAGGUGUUGCUGUGGUCAACAGACUGCUGUACGCUGUGGGGGGGUUUGAUGGCAGGACCAGGCUCAAGUCUGUUGAGUGUUUCCACCCAGAGGAGAACCAGUGGCAGGAUGUGGAGCCAAUGAAUGAAGCAAGGAGUGGCGCUGGCGUGGUUGUGAUGAACGGCUACAUAUAUGCUGUGGGAGGAUUUGAUGGUCAGAACCAGCUGCGGACUGUGGAGAGGUACAACCCUAAGGAAAACAAGUGGGAGUUUGUCUCCUCCCUGUUGAAGGCUCGCAGUGGCGUGGGAGUGGCUGUCAUUAACAACAAACUUUUUGCACUAGGUGGGUAUGAUGGCAGCGACUUCCUACCCUGUGUUGAGGUCUACUGCCCAGAGAAAGAUGUCUGGGAGUGUGAGACUGUCAUGCUGUGUGAGCGUAGUGGCCAUGGCGUGGCGGUGGAGAGGAAACCUAACGUUAGCUGAUGUUUGCAGGAUGCUCUAUACACAGCCCUAGGGAUUUUAACUAGAUUGGCGUCUUUCUGAACCUGUUGAAAAAACAUGACGGCGCCUGGAUUAUAUACAUAUAUGUUUGGAAUACAGUGAUGCCAAACAUCAGUCGUAUUAACAAACUUGAUGGUUACGUCUCUUGUAAACUGAGACAAAAUAUGUCUGGAUAACAUUGCUUAUGGCCAGUUCACUUUAUUUCAUCAAUGACAUAUUGAAAGAUACUUCAAGGAACACAGUAAUAGACAUUAGAACUUGACAUCUUUAUCAAGUUAAAUAAGGCACGAGGAUUCUUUUUCAAGUAAAUUAAUGUACCUGGAUAAUUCAAAAAAAUAUCUGCAAAAACAUGAACUUCAAUCAACAUACAGAAUAUGGGAUGUUUGUCACAUUUAUUGUAGUGUAGUUUGAAUUGUGUUAUGUUAAAAACACACCAUAUUUUAUUUAACAAUGAUUUAUACUACAGUUAAAAUUGUCAAAAUGUAGGCAACCAUGCAAUUUUUUGACAGAUUAACCUGAUUCUAUACUUUGAAACUUAAAAAAUGGUAGAAUUUUCUAACAGUUAAGGGGAGAGAACUUUAUACUUCAUGAUAAUUUUUUUGUUGAACAUUUAUUUACAGUUUUUGUACUUGCUUAUUCGCAUUGAUCUGAUAGAUCAAAUGAAGAAAAAUUAUAGUGUUUGCACAUCUAAACAACAGUUUAAAUAUACUGCUGAAACAAACUUGCUUUGGUCCACUUGUGGUCAUUGAUGGCAGCUUGUUGCCACCAGCAUCUGUCAAGUACUUCAGUGACUUAUUUCUAAGAACAACAUGUGUGUCAUUUCUAUGUGUUUAUAUGUACAUGUGUACAUAAAUUGAGGUGGACAAUGAAAUCAACCAAUAUUUUGUGUACAUUCUGGUGACCACGUCCUGAUGUGUCUAUUUUUUAAAUUGUGUCUAAUGUACAUAUACUUAGUCAGUGCUUACAUAAAUUUAUUGUUUUAAAAUUUAUUUAACAUCUGAAAUAUAACUGUUUUGAACUUUUACUUGUUACGUAUUUAUAAAAUAGUUGUACAAGCCUACCACAUUUUAAAUACUUAUAACAUGAUCAUGUGAAACUUUCCAUGUUUAAAUCAUUUGUACAAUAAUUAUUUUAAAUUUUCAUGUGUCAAAUAUUGUGUAUAAUAAUUAUAUGCAACUUUCACAUGUAAAACAUUAUGUGUGAACUCAGGGGAUGAUUUACCAUAUUUAUGUUGUUAUAUUGUGUGUGUGUGUAGUGAAGGCUCAUGCAGAACUGUGUUGUCUUUGGUACCCAUAUCAAACUUUCACUUUUGCCUUACCAAGUGCAAUCAAACUUGUCAUUAUAUUUUCACGUACAGUUAACAAAAAUACAUUUUAAAAAUAAUUUGUGACCCGGUGAGUUUGUUAGUUUUUUAUCAAGGGAUUCUUUAAGCUCAAACUUACUAGUGUUAGUUUUUGUGUAUUUAUUGCUCCUCAUUCAAUAUUUAGUCAUCUGCACAAUACUUUAUACAGCUGCAAUUUUAAUGAAAAUUGUUAUCAACCAUAACACUUGUAUAUAAAGUAAAAUUGGAAAAGUUGAUUAGGUUUAAAAUGAUAUUUAAAAUAAAGUUUUAUGAUAUAAGCUUUGGUUUGGUGUGCAUACCUUCUGUGUCAAACAUUAGCUAACUUUGAUAUAAGCCAGUACCUCUCUCCCCUUGCACUUGAUGCUGAACAGCACUUGUUUUAUAAACUUCAAAAAUUCCAGUUGAAUAGUGGUCUGUGUUUUUCACAGGCCUGAUAUAUUGAAGAAAUGUAUCAUUGCUUUUAUAACAGACAAUUGUCCAGUCUUUAUCUAUUCUUGUGUUACACAUAAACUACACUCUGUGAUAUUUGUGUUGAUGAAAUGCUGUGAAGUUUUCCUCUACACAAGACUGUAAGUGUAUGGUGAUGCUGAUUUCUUUUAUGGUGUUUCUUUAAUGUAAUCUAAUAAUUCAGAUUAAUAAACAACCUACAAGGCCCCUCCUAUACUGACCAAUUAUACGGUCAGAUAAUUCAAGGAAGAUGGACAUUUUCUUCAAUCAGUGUAUGAGGCUCAGCCAGAAGUAUGUGAAAAAAAAGGAAAGAAAUUUAAAAUAUUAAUAGUUUUUGGUCAUUAGUUUGUGACACUAAAUGUUAGAUGUAAAAAGUUGAAUAUUGUAUGAUGAAAAUUGACAUAAAGUCAUUAAGAAGAAAUACAGUUUUGGCUCUAAAUCUAAUUUUUUGUCAGGCGUGAUUUCUGGCAACAUUGAUCAGGGAGUUUUCAAAUUAAUCUUUAUUGGUCCUAUCUCCUUUUGCACAAUUGUGUUUAAAUAAUAGUGUUCAAACUAAAUAGCAGAAUCCCCUAAAUACCAUGUUUAAGAUAUAUAAUAAUGUUCACAUUCAUAUAUAUAUAUAUAUAUAUAUAUAUAGAGAGAGAGAGAGAGAGUUAGUACACUUUUAUACAACGAAAUCAAAGGUAUUUUGUCAGACUUCUGCUUGAGUAUUCAUCUGUACUACCUACACUUCCACUAACAUUCUUGCACUAAGUGCUACUCUGUUAUCUGUGCUAUUAAGUUAAUAAUUAAGUUAAAUAAACAAAAAAUCAAAUGAAAUGUUUGCAUCAUUAUUUUUAUUUGAAAAUAUAAUUUAUAAUUAUGAAACCAGUCAUUGAUUACUUUUUUUUUCAAACAUUCGUGUCAAAUUUAUGUUUGGAUUAACAACUUGAUGCUUACCUCAUAAUGAUAAACCACUGUAGUCCUGCUCAUUUCAUUUGUCAGUGCCAUGUCCUCUCAAAAUGUGAUAAUUAAAUACU